AUGGUAAUGAAAUUGAGUGGUGGUGGUAGUCCCACUUUAUAUCUUCUUCCUAAUCACCUUGCUCCAGAAUACGAUUAUGAUUUCACAAAUAUAAAUGAUAAUAGGAUGAAGUUUGAACGAGGAAAUUUUGAAUAUAAAUGUCUUUGUGGUUGGAAAAGAAUCGCUCUUAAUGUUCUUGACAAAUAUGAAAAUAAUAUUUGGCUUGGCGUUUACGGUAGAAAAUCUUCAAUAAGCUCAGCACAAAAUGAAUGGCCAGUUUCUUAUCAUGGAACUGCCAAACAUAAUUGUAAAUCAAUUGCUGAAGAAGGUUAUGAUUUGUGUAAAUAUAAACGAUUCGCAUUUGGACAUGGAAUUUAUUCAACACCAGAUAUUGACGUCGCAUCUGCAUAUGCUACUCAAUUCACUCAUGAGGGAGAUAGAUAUCAAGUUGUAUUUCAAAAUCGGGUUAAUCCAAAUAAUUUAGUUAGAGUUACAAUGAAAAAAACUGGUGUUGAUGAAUAUUAG